UGAUAAACUCGCAGAUUAGAUUAGAUCGGAUGCUCGCCAUCCGACGAGGCCCUCAUCCGAGGAAUUUCCCUUCGAUGAGGUCGUAGAACACCCUUCUCACUCUAUCUUUCCGCCCCAUCGUCGAUCGUUACGUCUCCGACCACUUUCUGUGUUGCCUUGAGAGAUUUUCGUUUAUCAUUCAGGAAGUACACGGCCUCUAUUCGUCCUAAUACACCAUGAAGCCCGCCACCGUUUCUCUUCGAGCAAUCGCCUCCGCGCCUCGAGCGCACCUCUUCACAUACUCUGCCUCCGCCAUCCGGCGUCUGAGUACUUCUGUUGCCGUCCGAAGCAAGGGAGACCCGUCCUCGUCCAGUCCCUUCGCUUUUGGUGGUCCUGCGCCACCUCGGCUCCCAAAGGAAGAUCAAGAGAUCUUCGAAUCGUUGCAGCGAGCAUCAACCGGUGCAUUUUCCACACCAAGAACGCCGCCAUCGAUAAACCAGUCCCCAGAUUCUACUUCCUCUGAGGUCUCAGAUGCGCAAGCCGCGAUACGGGCAAGACUCGAGAAGAUACAGUCCGAAGCCACGCCUUCGAGCUCAGAAGAACCGUCAAAGUUCAAACAGCAGUACGACCGGGUAAUCGAGGCACGGGGUAAGGGUGAGGAGCUACAUCCCAAUCUCCGCAGAGGAGCCCAGCCCGAAUUUGAUGGCGAUGUCAACCCCAAGACGGGAGAAGUGGGAGGACCGAAGAACGAGCCGUUGAGGUGGGGAGCAGCAGGAGAAUGGAGUUACAAUGGGAGGACGACAGAUUUUUGAGGUCAUCACGGAGUUUAUAUGUUCAAUCAUUGGAAGUU